GUCUGGUCAUACUAGGAAAGUGCAAAUUGGAUAGGAUAGGAUAAAUACAAACAAAUUGGACUGCAGAGAAGCUGAAGAUUAAUUUAUAAUUUUAUCUGUAUCCAACACCUAUUGGCGAAUUCCUAGGCAAAAAUGAACAUAAAUCUGCCGAAUUUCAACAUGAAGAACCUUGUGAAGGAGGCGGGCAGCACGAUAUCGCGAGUGGUGCAGCUCACGGAGGAGAAACUGGGCACCACAGAACGCACCGAAUACGACUUGCACUUCCAAAAUCUCGCCGAGCGGGCGGAUGUGACCAAGACCUGGACGGAGAAGAUUGUGCGGGACACAGAGUCGGUGCUGAUACCCAAUCCCCAGAACCGGGUGGAGGACUUCAUCUUCGAGAAGAUCGAGAAGUCGAAGCCUAAGCGGCUGAGCAACCUGGAGCACCUGGCCCUGGACAUGAUCGAGGCUGGGGGGGAUUUCGGACAAGAUCUACCCUACGGGCAGGCGCUAAUCAAGGCUGGCCAGGCGGAGCAGAAGCUGGGACAGUGCGAGCAUGACUUUAUAGCCACCUCGGGCAUUUGCUUUACACAGCCGCUGCGCAAGUUCCUCGAAGGCGAGAUGAAGACGAUCGGCAAGGAGCGCGGCAUCCUGGAGACUAAGCGCCUGGACCUCGACGCCUGCAAAAACCGGGUGAAGAAGGCGCGCAGCAUGCUGGGUCAGCAGUCGAAAGAUGGCAUCUCGCCAGAGGCCGUCUUGGAACAGGCGGAGCGCGACUUGCGGGUGGCCCAGGCCGAGUUUGACCGGCAAUCGGAGAUCACCAAGCUGCUGCUGGACGGGAUCAGCACCUCCCAGGCCUCGCACUUGCGCCACUUGCACGCCUUCAUCCAGACGCAGGUGCGCUACUACAAGCAGUGCGGCGAUGUCAUGGAGCAGCUGCAGCGUGAGCUGGCCAACUUGGGAGGCCCCACACCAUACAUUCCGCUCGACGUGAACGAGGCCGGUGCCAGCAAGUCCAACACAUCGUCCGGAGCCGCGGCCCGUGGUCCUGGCAACAACAUUGCCGCCAACGCGGUUGGUCCCGGGCACAAGCCCAAUCAGCCCGUGCACGUCAGCACCGAUCAAAUGCAGCGGGCACGCGUCCUCUGCUCCUACGAUGCCAAGGAUCACACCGAGCUCAAUUUGAGUGCAAACGAGGUAAUCUUCGUCACCGAAUGUUCGCCGGUGAAUGAGGACUAUAUGUAUGGGAAACAGGGCCUAAUGAAGGGUCUGGUGCCACGGGCUUUUGUCGAAAUGCUCGACGAAGAGCACGACGUAACCCUCUAAGCCAUCCAGCAACUUGUUCAGCAAUAAUUAAUCAAUCAAUAAUCUCACGAAAAAUACUCCAAGUACGGCAAUACUCAUACGUUAAGGAAAAGGACAUCAUAGAGAGGAAGGAAAGGCAAUUGGACAAUGAUAUAAGAUGCGGCCAAACUGGCAUUUGGCACUAGCAAGAGAGUACAAUAAUUUAUUAGAAUAUACAUACAUAAAUAUAUACAAGGCAUAUACAUACAUGGGCGUGCUGUUGAAAAACGCAUUGUAGUUUAGGCCUCGUUGAUCCUCAAACCCUGAUCCUUGCCCAAAACAGCUACGCUUCUCACCUGCAUAGGACACGCUCGCAUAGUGUAAUCAAAUAUACAUCCUCUGCUGCCUGAAUAGCCGUCAAGUUAUAUUUAUAAAUCUAUGAAAUUGUCAACACUAUAAUUGUUAAAACUUAUCGCAUAUCUAAAGAGAAAGUGCUGUUUAAUUAAGCUUCUCUGCACUCGACAAAGUAUUAUAUUUGUGUUAUGUUUGUCUUGAUCUUUGUUAACAAGCAAAAUUCAUAUUACCUAUAUAUCCUAUAAUUAUUCACAUGUUUAAGAGAUUUUUAAUCCUAUUAUCAAUAUAUUCAGCGAAGGCGUUUCCAGUUUAAGCUAGUUAUUAUCAAAUGUAUUUACUCCUUCCUGGUGCAAGUAUUAAGUUACAACAUUUUUUCGUGCAAUUUUGGAAAGUCAAUUAAUUGAAUGUUGCUCGUUAAAUUUAAGACAAAACUCUAAACACCAAUGCGAGACUAGCGCUUAAUAGCUGAAAAUUAAAAGCAAAAUAUUGAUGAAAAGGUACAAUACAACAAUUACAAAGUAAACAACGAUGAUU